AUGUCGGCAGGCCUGUUGUGGCCCCCGCCCAGCGGCGUGGGGGCAGCAUCUGAGGCCACAGUUACAGCUCGGUUCUCGCAGGUCACGCUUGCUGUCCGUCUACCCAAUCCACACACGCAGACAAAGCGGACCUCCAGGACCCCCAGCUCCCCGCCGCCCGGAGCUCAUUGCACUGACCCCCCAGCUGCCAAGCCCAUGGCUAUGCUCACCGCGCCGGUCCAGCGGGGUCACGGGGCCCCUGAUGGAGGUGGGCGCACUCUGAUCACCGGCCCCUGCGCCCCCCUAGGCUCUGGGCUAGGGCCUCCUCUCCCCCUCCCCCCACACCCCCACUGCAGCCCGUGGACGCCCCUGCCCCUGGGCGGCGGGGUUACACGGAGGGCCCGCCCUCCCAGCAGCUUCCGCGGGGCCCCGCCCUCCCGGGACCAGCGGCUCAGGACUGGCCGCCCCCUCGGCCCCGCCGCAGGCUCCGCGCCCACUGGGGAGUCCUCCAGUCUUCACGCCCGAAUACAGCCUCCGGGCCAGCAGGACCACCUGGCACAGACGCCCCCGCCGCAGGGCGACAGACAGGCCCAGCGGGCCACCCUUCCCGGAGCGGCCAGACGGGCCGCGGGGUCACGGGUGGUCCUGGGGAGGGCCCAGCCCCCACCUGGAGGGCGCCGCCCCGCCGGGGCUGGAGGAAAAGCCCAGGGUCCCGGUCGGCCCCGGGAGACUGGCCACUGGCCCGAGUCCUGGGAGGUGGCGUGGCCGCCAGGGAGCGCCCUGAGCCCCCGCUCGCCCCGCCACGGACCCGGCCACGGCUCCGGGCAGCUCCUCUGUCCCGGUCUUCACGGCCUGUGCCCACCGCGCCGCCAGUCGCCGGCGGCUCCUGAGGCUGGAGGGGGUUCGAGGGGGAGCAGUCAGCAGGAAUGGCCCGCUCCCGGCCCGCGGGCCUCCGUCCGCUCCGGCUCUGGGGCGGGCGGGGGAGGGCCGCAGAGAGAGCAGGUCCUCCCACGAAGCCCCUGA